UUCACGAUUCCUUCAUUUUUCCUGCCGUAGGAGAGGAAGCCCUUAUUUCCACACAAUCCUACACGGAGUUAAAGAAACCGCUUGAGCGACGAAUUUCCUUCCUUUAAAACUAUGAGAAUGUUCUCAAAGAUGCUCGUCUGUCAAGUCCCAUACGCUUUAAUAAUUAUUCACAUCCGCGAGUUAAAUGCCGUGAGGAAAAAUGACUGCGAUCGAAGACGAGUCUUGCGGGAAUUUAAAGAAAGAUUUAACCGGUGGUCGCUGAUCUACGCAGGGGUGAAAAUGGCUUAAGAGGAUGUUAGGAACCCUCGAUACAGCGUUGGAGAAAGCUUAUACCCAGCAGUUUUAAUUCUAGUUUAACAUGCUAAACACCAAAUAUUGAAUUGGCUGCCAUAUUAAUUCUGAAAGGAUCUGCCACCGACCAGCAUCUACUUGCAUUUUAUGAUCAGUGUUCAUCAGCCUCUCAAGACCCACAGAGUAACUUAUUAUGGAUAGGGAAAUGAAAGAAAGUGAUAUAGAAACCAAGGAACUAGACAAAUGCACUCAGGAACAGAAGAAAAACAUGAAAGUGAAAGUGCUAUUCUUUGCCAGGGCCCGUGAUCUUGCUGGUGUAUCUGAUAAGGUUUUGGAUAUAGAAGAAGGUUCAACUACUUUGGACUGUGUUAAUAAGCUUAUACUGCAAGUACCAAGUUUAAAAGCAAUAUAUGACUGCAUGGCGGUGGCUUUAAAUGAAAUGUACACUUCUGAUUCUACUAUUGUGAAAGAUGGAGAUGAACUUGCGCUUAUCCCUCCAAUCAGUGGAGGUUGAAAUUGGCUUUAUCUGUGCACACGUUCAAUGUGGCCAAGCAUUCCAUUUUUUGUGUAAGAUAAAUAGUUUACAUUCCUAGUGUUAUUGUAAGCCACCAACUUAAGUAAACUGUGGUUGGAAUCCCCAAAGUGACAUAACUUUUCUAAUUUUAAUGUGAUUCUUGGUUUUGUAUUUCUAAUUUUAAUGCGAUUCUUGGUUUUCUAUUGUUGA